CGGAGCCGCCCCCUCUCAAAGCUGGAUGCGGGGGAGUGAGCCUGGAACAAACCUCGCCUGAGUUUGUGGGCAGAGCCGGGAGCAGGGAAAGCUGGGAACAGAAAAGAGGCAUUUCACGCCGUCGGCUGAGUCACACCAAGCGUAUAAAAUCAAGGCCAGGCAGUCGGAGCCACUCCGAGCGGAGGCACGAGGCACCAGGACUUUAGGACAGGAAACAGAUCUUGCAAACUGCAGGCACCUUGGAGAAGGAUGUUGUUGCCCUUGCUCAUUCUCCCUCUGCUGCUGGGGACCACAGCACAAGGCCCCGUGAGCAGAGCAGCAUCCAGGGAUGUCACCACCUUUUUCCAGCUGGCUCAGGAAGACACUUGGAAGAAUGUUAAUCUUACCAGCAUGUCCUGUGAGGAUCGGAAGAACAAGACCUGGAUCACUCUGCAGCUGACCAACAGCAGCCUGACAGCUUUUCCUGUCUGCCUUCCAGAGGCCCUGGAGACCUUGGAUCUCAGCAAUAACCUCCUGGAAGAGGUGAACGGCACAGAGAUAGCAAACCUCCGACAGCUGCAUGUCCUCUCGCUGAGGCACAACCACCUCUGGUCAGUGAGGUGGGGAUCUGAAGCCCUCAGCAGUCUCCUCAAGCUGGACUUGAGCUUUAAUAAGCUGUCAUCUGUGCCAUCCUGCCACGGCUCUGCCCUGCCUAACCUGAGGUGGUUGUCCUUGGCUGGAAAUCCACUGAUGGAAAUCCAGCCACUGGCUUUUUCCUGCUACCCUCAGCUGCAGGUCUUGAACCUCUCUGCAACACUGCUCGGGCAGGAUGACAGCAGAGGAAUCAGGGACUCUGCUUUUGCCAUCAGCACAGAUCCCCACGAGGCCAUGAACAGGCCUGGAAACUCCAUCAAUGUGCUUGAUCUGAGCAGGACCUUUUUUGAGAAAAUUCAGCCAGAGUGGGUCAGAGACUUGGCCAACCUCAGAUCACUUCACCUGACCAACAUGCCACGGUUAAGAAGCCUCGACAGCGACAUCUUCAAGCCUCUGCCUGGUCUCCAAGAGCUGCAUUGUCAGAACUCCCGUUCCCUGGGUUUUGUGCAGACAGAGACGUUUGCCAGUGCUCCUCAUCUGAGCCAUCUCUCAUUUGAGAACUGUAACCUGAGUUCCUUUAAUCCUUGGAACACCAAUUCAUCGGAUGGCAUCACCACCAUCAACUUGUAUGGGAAUCCUCUGCUGUGCAACUGCCAGCUCUCCUGGCUGCUGUCCAAGCCCAAGAAAGUCGUUCUGCAAAAGGCUCGGGAGACUUUUUGCACAUCCCAGGAAGAUUCUGGCAGACCUCCAACAUCUUUUUCACUGCUGGAGCUCUACGAUAAAUGCCAUUCAGAGAGCAAUGUUACACUGCCCGAUUCAAACACAGCCCUUCCCAAUCACGAUGCUUUCAGCUUCACCAGUGAUGAUGCCUCUGCUACAGUAACAACAGACUCAGCUCUGUUGACCAAAGAUUUGACUCACACCAGCUCCCUUACCCAGAGGAAUGUAAGGAGCACAGCAACACCUAACCCAACACUGACCAAAGACACCUAUACCAGCUCCCUAAUCCAGAGGGAUGUGAUGAGCACUGCAGCAUCCAACACAAUGCUAACCAAAGACACUUAUACCAGCUCCUUAAUCCAGAGGGAUGUGAUGAGCACUGCAGCAUCCAACACAAUGGAGCUGAUCCUAACAAAAGCCAACAGUUCCUCCCAUGAGGAGGAGGCAGUUUCUGAAUCCACAAGCAAUCCCCCUUCCUUGGCAUCUGUAACCUCCUUCCCGGUUUUUCUCCAGGAGCUCUUUGCUCAGUCCCCAGAUCACAGCUCCACAAGUCCAGCUGGAACAGAACAGCUACAGAGAGGGCUCAGAACAACCGACACGACAUUCCCUCGGGAAGGGCAAUUCAACCAGACCACCAGUGAUUAUUCCACUGGAGGAACAGGAGUUCCCCACACCACCAACCACCACGUUCACUCCUUUGCCACCCAUGCCAAGGAAGGUGCCCCCCAGACGAGCCCCCCACAGCUGAACUCCACAAGGAGCAGUGCCCACUCAGAGCCUGCACCCACCACACCAUCACCACAUUACAUCGAUGACUAUGACUACGAAGAAGCAGCAAAGGAAACCCCGGUGCAAGGCCCACAAGUGCACAUCGCCUGUGACUACAAUCCUUGCAGGCACCUGCAGAAGCCAUGCAGGGAACUCCAGAACAUAUCCCAGUGUUCAUGUCCCGGCACGUCGAGGGAAGAUGAGAUUCCAGACCCACCCAGGCUCAGAGAGGUGAUUGAAAUCACUGACAGCUCUGCACAGGUACGCUGGUGUGCCCCUUAUUCAGUUGUUCACAGCUAUGAGCUGAUGAUUCGUGCCCAGGACAGCGAUGACAGGCAGCUUGUCAUGGACAACAUCUACCCCACAGCCAGGCAGUACACUCUGUAUAACCUGCUACCAUUCACCACUUACCAAAUCUGUGUGACUGCCUCCAACAAAGCAGGGUCAAGCCAGACAACAGGCCAGGAAAUUCCAGGUAAUUCGUGCACCAGCUUUAAAACAAAACCCAGCUACAAGUAUGUUUUUGCUGGUCUGUCUGCAGCAAGUGGAUUCUUUCUCAUUACCACAAUUAUUUUGUCUGUGUGCCUGUGUAAGGCAUGUAAAAAGCCUCAGAGUGAGCAGUAUGGUACACACUUAGUUUCCUACAAGAACCCAGCAUUUGAUUAUCCCUUAAAAGUACAAACCACUAAUUAGCUCUGGGUGAUUCUUCUACGCAUUCAAAGUUCACUAUCUCCAUCACCUUGGCGUGUUUUUGUGAGACUCUGAAAAUGUCCUUCAGCAAAACUAUGAACCAUCAGAUUCCAUAACCCUGACGUUUCUAAGGGAGAGAAAAGCACCAAAACAAAAAGAAAAACUAAUAAUGAAGGUAGUCAACCAGAAAAAAGGCUUUGGACUCCUGUUCCUGUGCUAAGCAGCAGCAAGCCUGGACACUAACCUUGAAAAGUUGUUUUUGUAAUCACCUACAAAUGGAGUAGCAUAAAUUUGACACAGUGAGAGGCUGCCUGGCCAGCUGUCUGCCUCCAGUAUCUCUCAUGAGCACAGUCUGUGAUGAGAGCUGUAAUCCAAGGUGAAUUAAGCUGAGCAAGACACACUGCUUUUAUUCACAGAGCAAAGCUGGGGUUCAAUUUUUUAAAGGUAUUCUCCAUGAAGAGAGUACAGCUGAAAGGAGUGAGUGGGCUCAGUGACAAGGUGCUGCACAGCUCUGACUGCUCCAAGGAAAUGCAGUGGAUGCAGAUCAUCAACCUAACCCGUUCAGGAAAAAGAAACAUGAAAUUUAAUUGUAGUCACAGGUUGUGCAGGAUCCUUAGGACAGAGGUAAUUGUUUUGUUCUGACUUUUUUAUGAGUUUGUCCACAACUGAGCCUCCAAAGCAAGCUGACAGGCAGUGGGGGGUUUGCAGUACAGCAGUGACCCACAGAACGGCCGAGGGGAGCAUAUUAACAUUUGCUUCCCAGUGGAUUUUAAGCAGAGAGGAUGUUCUGUCCCAAAAUUUACCUCAUACAGAGGCAAAGAGCCAAGUAAUGAAGCAAUUUAACGCAUGUGCUGCUGAGACCUGAAAAACCCUAGUUUUUUGUUGCACUAGCAGCAAACAGUUCUGCAGACACCUUUCAAAUGAACUCCUGGGUGCCAAUUUCUGUACAAUAAUAAGAGAUGCUGACAAUCCCAACUUUGAGAUGCCAUUAGAAUUCAAGGAGGUGUCCCAAUCUGAUGUUUCCCCAUAGGUUUCAGUUCCAGGAGCUGCCUGUUCCUGCUGCUGUACAGUGCUGUACAAACACAGUGCAUAAAACCCCCUGGACUCUGAGGGGAAGGUGCUGUACUGUGUAGAAGUUCUAUUCUUUUGGGGUUUUUAAUGCUUUCAGUAUUACAGAAAUAAAAGCUACAGAGCUAUA